UGUGUGUAUCUACACUGUAGCUAAGACGUCCAUGAGUGUAGGUUUGUUCUGUAAAGCUACACAUGUUUUACAAAGUGUGGAUUCAUGUGUACCAUUUACAUGUAAAGUAAAUAUAAACAGAGUAAGUGUUAAGAACGGAAACCUAAUCUAUCAUGAUCAGCUGGUGUGUCUAAGCUUAUAUACUGGGGCAGGUGGGCUGACGAUACAGGUGAUUUGUUAACCACUGAAAUCUAAAUCUACUGAUAUAUAUACACCAUGUUGACUCCGGAGACCACGCCGUCGUCACCGACCAAGAGAGAUCACUCUGGAAAUUUUGUUGCUAUGAAUGGUUCUUCUACACAUAUUGAUGGAGGAAACAGCAAAAUGCAUGUGUACAAACGACAGCCCUCACACAGGAUAUUUGUAAACCGAGCCUUACAUUUGGAGAAGAUCUCUGUGUAUGGAUUUGACAUGGAUUACACUCUAGCAGUGUACAAAUCAUCAGAAUAUGAAGCCAUGGGAUUUAAUAUGUUGAAAGAGAGGCUGGUAACUAUUGGAUACCCAGAGGCAAUUAAAGAGUUUGUAUAUGAUCCUACAUUUGCAUGCAGAGGAUUGUGGUUUGACAAACAGUAUGGAAACCUGUUAAAGGUGGAUGCUUAUGGUAACAUUUUAGUCUGUGUUCAUGGGUUCAAGUUUUUAAAAGGACAUGAAGUGUCAAAGCUUUACCCAAACAAGUUCAUACAGCUGGAUGAAAACAGGAUUUAUGUAUUAAAUACUCUCUUUAACCUGCCAGAGACCUAUAUGAUUGCUUGUGUCAUUAACUAUUUCAACUCCAGCAAGGAUUACGUAAGGACGCAAACUGGGGUAAAGUGCAAUGACCUGUUUAUGUCAUACCAAUCAAUAUUUCAAGAUCUGCGAGCUUCUGUAGACUGGGUCCAUGAUCAAGGUAACUUGAAGAAAGACACAGUAGAGAACCCGGAAAAGUUUGUACAUAAAGACAGAAGGCUUCCACUCUUACUCAACAGAAUGAGAGAGUAUGGUGCCAAGACUAUGAUCAUCACAAACAGUGACUACACCUACAGCAAUAAAAUCAUGGAGUACCUCCUAGACUUCCCAGAUCUUCCUAAGAGAGAUUGGACCUCAUACUUUGACAUAGUGGUUGUGAGUGCAAAGAAACCGCUGUUUUUCAAAGAAGGAACCAUCAUGAGGAAAGUGGACAGAGAGACAGGUAAACUAAGCCUCGGUCACCACCUCGGACCACUGAAGCAGGGCUGUGUGUACUCCGGGGGUUCCUGUGACCAGAUUUCUCAGAUGUUGGGGGUGAAUGGUAAGAAUGUCCUCUAUGUUGGGGACCACAUCUUCGGAGACAUCCUGCGAUCUAAAAAAGAAUGGGGCUGGAGGACUUUCCUUGUGGUUCCCGAGCUUCAACAGGAAGUACGGGUUUGGACAGAGAAGAGGGCAUUGUUUGAACGUCUCGAAAGUUUGGAGUGUGAAAUGGGGGAGAAAUACAGAAAUUUAGAUAGCAGCCACAUGGAGAAGCCAGAUAUCCACAGCAUACAGAGAGCUAUGAUGGAAACAGUCCAUGAGCUUGACCAAUCCUAUGGAGUGCUUGGCAGCCUGUUCAGGAGUGGUUCCCGACCGACGUUCUUUGCCUCCCAGGUCCAGCGAUAUGCAGACAUCUACUGCGGAGACUGGUUAAACAUGCUUCACUACCCAUUCACCUACAUGUUCCGUGCUCCUUCCAUGCUGAUGCCCCACGAAUCGACCGUUGGACACGAUCUCUCCUUUGAGGUAGACCAUGGUGAGAUGUCUAACCAAAGACUAAACAGCUUUGCAACAGAUUCAAAUUCAAAACUCACAAACGGCGUGCAUCCCCGCGCCGACAGACCAACAAAGGUCACACAUCACCACGAUGAUGACGAUUUUGAUGAGGAGACCAGCAGUACAGGGAGUGAUUGAAUUGAAUGACCUUUUGAACUUUGACUGUUAAAUAUAUACCUUUGAUGACGACAACAACGAUAUUGAAUUACUGUAUGACAAAUCAAUAUUUAAUCAGGUGAAUUUCCUUGACAGUGGCUUAGUACAUUACUUGUUACUGAUGGUGAUCAUUUUCCUUAGUACAUUACUUGUUACUGAUGAUGAUCAUUUUACUUAGUACAUUACUUGUUACUGAUGGUGAUCAUUUUACUUAGGA